AUCAAACGUCAUUGGUACACUGAUGUAGAUUGAAUAGCUGUUCUCAGUCUACAUUUGUAUUGGCAAAAAUUGGCAAAGCAACCGAGGAGAAGCUAAGUUGAGAGAAAAAUGGAAGAAGAAAUUGUUCUUGUCACUGGAACAUCCGCUGGUCUUGGUCUUUCGACUGUUCAGGUGCUUGCAAAGCAAACAGACAAGAAAUUUAAAGUGUACGCAUCAAUGAGAAAGACGAGCAAGAGAGACGAAUUGUUAGAGAAAACUGCUGGUUGUCGCAAUGUUGUUGUAAUCGAAAUGGAUGUUUGUUCAGAAGAUUCUGUGAACGCUGCUGUAAAAGAAAUUCUGGAGAAGGAGGGAAGAAUCGAUGUUGUUGUGAACAACGCUGGUAUUGGUUGGUCUGGUAUACUCGAAGUGCAGCCUUGGGAAAGUAUCACAAGCAUCUAUGAUACGAACGUCUAUGGCGUACUGCGCGUCAUCCGUGCUGUUGUCCCGUCUAUGAAGAAAAACAAAAAAGGGCGCAUCAUUAACAUCAGCUCAGUUGCUGGAUUACAUAACAAUCCGUUCAUGACUGUGUAUGGCUCAGCAAACUGUGCUGUAGAAGGAAUUACGGAUUCUUUGGCGCCUGAGCUUGCAUCGUUUAAUGUUCAUAUUGCAACCAUUCAACCAGGCGUUAUAAAAACACGAGCGCUAUCUCAAUUCGCCUUCAACAGUGGGCAACUAGCAGAUGAUGACCCUUCGAAAUUGCUUGGAGAAAAAUAUCUUAAAGCCCGUGGUGCCCUAAUAUUAAAUCAAGCUCAAACUCCUGAAGAAGUGGCAGAAUACAUCCUAAAAGCGAUUACAGACGAAAAUCCACAGCCGCAUUAUAUGACUUCUGAAGCGUUUGAAGAGUUUGUCAAAUCAAAGUAUCGUGAUCUAACUGGUAGAAUUCCUUUUGAAAUGAGCAAAACAUUUUUGCAAUAAUUUUUGUUAUGAUGUAAUCACUGCUAAAUAAAUCUCACAAUAUAACCUUGCAUAA